CAAAACAAAACUAACACAAAACCAGAUUAGCUUUUAAGGAAGUAUUUGAAUAGUUUAAUUAAGAAGUAUGGCCAAUCGCACAGUAAAAGAGGCGAAAAAUAUUCAUGGAACAAAUCCGCAAUAUCUUGUUGAAAAAAUUAUACGUUCCCGCAUAUACGAUUCUAAGUACUGGAAAGAGCAAUGUUUUGCACUCACUGCCGAGCUGUUGGUUGAUAAAGCUAUGGAGCUGCGAUUCAUCGGUGGUGUUUACGGCGGGAAUAUAAAACCGACUCAAUUCCUUUGCCUUACGCUUAAAAUGCUUCAGAUUCAACCUGAAAAAGAUAUUGUUGUAGAAUUUAUCAAAAAUGAAGAAUUCAAAUACGUAAGGGCCCUAGGCGCUUUUUAUUUACGUCUCACGGGGAGCGCACUAGAUUGUUAUAAGUAUUUGGAACCUUUGUAUAAUGACAAUCGUAAACUUCGACGUCAGAAUAGGGCUGGGCAGUACGAAAUAGUUCACAUGGAUGAUUUUAUAGAUGAGUUGCUCCGAAGUGACCGCGUUUGUGACAUUAUUCUUCCGCGAAUACAAAAACGUGCUGUACUUGAGGAAAAUAAUGAACUUGAACCUAAAUUAUCUGUUCUUGAUGAGGACUUAGAUGAUGAUAUGGCCAGCGAUGAUGAUGGUGGUGGCGAACGUGACGAUGAAAAAAAUAAAUCGUUUCUAUCCAAGAAAAGAUCUCGCAAAGAUCAUUCCCGUUCACGUAGUCCAUCUGUUCCGCGGGAACAAAGAGGCGGACGUAUUCGCGAUUAUGAUACUGAGUUGGAGGACUAUAAUCGUCAACGUGAACGUGAUCGUGAAAGGGAUCGCCACGGUGUUAGUUCGACUUCAAGUAGUAAUCGCCACUGGGAAGACCGUAGUGGUGGCGGAAGCUCUAGUUAUCGUGGUAUACGCGAUGAUUAUAGAGAAGACUAUAGACGAGAAGAUUACAGAGAACGACGUUAUGAUAAUCGCGACUCACGCAAUGAGCGGGAAAGAAGGCGACAUUAACUAUACAGAAAAUCUAACAAAAUUAAAAAACAAAAAUAAACUUUUAUUGCUUAUAAA